AUGUUCUGCGUUCUUUCCAAAGAUUGUCAAGAACCUCCUCCAAGAAAAGAUACAGAAAUUUUGCAGGGUUCCUGGAAUGGCGAAACAUAUACAGAAGGUACUCGGGCAACUUAUAAAUGCCGUCCUGGAUUUAGAACUCUUGGAACAAUUGCAAGGAUAUGCAGCAAUGGAGAAUGGGUAUCUCUGAAUCCAUCCAGGAUAUGCCAGAGAAAACCCUGUGGACAUCCUGGAGAUACUCCUUUUGGUUCUUUCAAGCUCACAGUAAGAAAUGAAUUUGAGUACGGAGCAAAAGUUGUUUACACAUGUUCUGAAGGGUAUCAACUGAUAGGUGCGAUUAAUUACCGUGAAUGUGAACCAGAGGGAUGGUCCAACCACAUUCCUUUAUGUGAAGUUGUUAAGUGUUCACCAGUAACAGAACCAGAGAAUGGGAGAGUCAUUAGUGAUGCAUUGGAACCUGGCCAAGAAUAUUCUUUUGGACAAGUGGUACGGUUUGAGUGUGAUUCACGCUUCAAGCUAGAUGGACCACAAGAAAUUCAUUGCUCAGCAGAUGGUACAUGGAGUGGAGAAAUGCCAAAUUGUGUAGAAAUUUCCUGCAGUAUUCCAGAAAUAUUAAAUGGACGUGCUGUGUCAACAAAAAAAAGUUAUAAGGAGAAUGAACGAUUACAAUAUAAGUGUAAUCAGGGUUUUGAAUAUACUGAGAGAGGAGAUGCCACAUGCACUAAAUUUGGAUGGAGUCCAAGUCCUUCAUGUAAAGAAGUCAUAUGUAAUCCUCCUUAUAUUGUAAAUGGUGACUUCUCACCUGCAAGGAUUGUACAUAGAGCUGAAGAUGAAGUCACUUACCAGUGCAAAAGAGGCUUCUAUCCUGCAACCAAGGGAAAUAGAAUAAAGUGUACUAGCAGUGGCUGGAUACCUGCCCCAAGAUGCAGCUUGAAACCUUGUGAUUUUCCAGAAAUAAAAAAUGGAUAUAUGCAUCAUGAAGCAAGAUAUAAACCAUAUUUUCCAGUAGAGAUAGGAAAAUAUUACUACUACAGCUGCCAUCCUGGUUUUGACACUGCUUCACAAAGUUCAUGGGAUUAUAUAACAUGCACAAAAGAUGGAUGGUCACCAAAAUUUCCAUGCCGCAAAACAUGUUUAAAAUCAGAUGCAAAUAUUCAGAAUGGCUUCAUUUCUGAACCCAGCUCUAAAUAUAAUGUAAAUAAAAAAACACCGUUUCAAUGUAAACAAGGAUUUGUAACAUCAGACGGAGAAACAGUCGGCUACAUCACAUGUUUAGAAAGUGGAUGGUCAAGUCAACCUAUUUGCAUUAAAUCUUGUGGUAAACCAGUGUUUGAAAAUGCCAGAGCCAAAAGUACCAACACAUGGUAUAAGCUCAAUGACAAACUAGAAUAUGAAUGCAGCAAUGGCUAUGAAAACAGAGGUGGAAAUACCACAGGCUCUAUAGUGUGUGGUAUUGAUGGUUGGUCUGAUACACCUACAUGUUAUGAUUCAAAAGGAAAAUGUGAACCUCCUCCACCUAUUGAAAAUGGAGACACUGUUUCUGCAACAUUAGGUGAAUAUGCCCAAGAAUCAAGAGUUGAGUACCAGUGCCAAUCGUUCUAUGAACUUCAGGGUGACAGAUUUAUUACUUGUAGAGACGGACAGUGGUCACAACCACCAAAAUGUUUAGAUGCAUGUGUAAUAUCACAAGAAGAGAUGGACAAACAUAACAUACAAUUGAAAUGGGUAGAUAAAAAGAAACUUUAUUCCAGGACAGGUGAUUUUACAGAAUUUGAAUGUAAACGGGGAUAUACGAAAAAGCGCGGAGACGUUUUCAGAGUAAAAUGUCAGGAAGGGAAGAUGAAGUAUCCCCAAUUGAAACCUUGUGAUUUUCCAGAAAUAAAACAUGGAUAUAUGCAUAAUGGAGAUAGAUAUAGACCAUAUUUUCCAGUAGCGAUAGGAAAAUAUUACUACUACAGCUGCCAUCAUGGUUUUGAAACUCCUUCACAAAGUUCAUGGGAUUAUAUAACAUGCACAAAAGAUGGAUGGUCGCCAAAAGUCCCAUGCCGCAAAACAUGUUUAAAAUCAGAUGCAAAUAUUCAGAAUGGCUUCAUUUCUGAACUCAGCUUUAAAUAUAAUCUCAAUGACAAACUGGAAUAUGAAUGCAGUGAUGGCUAUGAAAACAGAGCUGGAAAUACCACAGGCUCUAUAGUGUGUGAUAUUGAUGGUUGGUCUGAUACACCUACAUGUUAUGAAUCUUGUGGUAAACCAGUGUUUGAAAAUGCCAGAGCCAAAAGUAAUGCCACAUGGUAUAAGCUCAAUGACAAACUGGAAUAUGAAUGCAGUGAUGGCUAUGAAAACAGAGGUGGAAAUACCACAGGCUCUAUAGUGUGCGGUUCUGAUGGUUGGUCUGAUACACCUACAUGUUAUGAACUAGAAUGUAAUGUUCCUGUUAUACCACAAAAUGUAGAUGCCCAGCCCAAGAAAGACAAAUAUAAAGUUGGAGAGGUACUCAAAUUUAGUUGUAGAAGGAAUCUGAAAAUCGUUGGAGCAGAUUCAAUUCAGUGCUACCACUUUGGAUGGUCUCCUAAUCCCCCUGAAUGUAAAGGUGAUAUUUCUAAUGUAGAGAAAGUAACAUCGUGUGACCCACCUCCUCAACUCCCCAGUGGGAAAAUUAAAGGGGAAAAUAAAGAAGAAUAUGUCCACAGUGAAGUAGUGGAGUAUGAUUGCAAUUCCAAAUUCCUGUUGAAGGGAUCUAAGAAAAUUCAAUGUGUUGAUGGGGAAUGGACAACUUUGCCUGUAUGUGUUGAGGAAGAUAAGGUAUGUGGAGAUAUACCUGUACUUGAGAAUGGUGUUACCUUAUCCCUUGAACGUCCCUAUCACCACGGGGAAUCAGUGAAGUUCAGGUGCAGAGAAUCCUUUACCAUGAUUGGCUACGAAUCAAUUACAUGUGUUCGUGGAAUGUGGACCCAACUUCCUCAGUGUGUUGCUACGGAAUAUCUUGAGAGGUGCAAGUUUUCAAAAACACGUAUAUUUGAGUCAAUUGAACCAGAGCAAUAUAAAUUUAUUCAUAAUAGCAAUAUAACUUACAAAUGUAAAAACAAACCUGAAUACAAACAAUCAACUUGUAUAAAUGGAAGGUGGUUUCCUGAACCAACCUGUACAGAAAUAUUAAAAACAUCAUGCCCACCACCACCUCACAUUCCCAAUGCUCGAGACAUGACAACAACAGUGAAUUAUCAGAAUGGAGAAAAGGUGUCUCUUCUCUGCCAAGAAAAUUACCUAAUUCAGGGAACCGAUGAAAUUCUGUGUCAAAAUGGAAGAUGGCAGUCAAUACCACGUUGUUUUGAAAAAAUUCCUUGUUCUACACCACCUCAUAUUGAACAUGGAUUCAUUAACUCAGCAAGAUCGUCAGAAAAUGAGAAGGAAUCAUCUGAAACCAAAUAUCCACAUGGGACUAAAUUAACUUAUAUUUGUAAAGAUGGUUUCAAAGUCUUAGAAGAAAAUGAGAUAAGAUGUGACAUGGGAAAAUGGAGUACUCCACCUCAGUGUGUAGAUGACUGUGUAAUAUCACCAGAAGAGAUGGAAAAACAUAACAUACAGUUAAGAUGGAUAAAUCACAACAAAUUUUAUUCCAGGGCAGCUGAUAUUACAGAAUUUAUCUGUAAACCAGGAUAUAAGAAAAAAAACGGAGACACUUUCAGAGUAACAUGUCAGGAAGGGAAGGUGAAGUAUCCUCAAUGUAUAUGA